CCCCGCCCCCCGCGCGGUGUCGGGCGCAGACGAAGCGGAGGCGCCAUUUUGCGCUGCUGCAGGAGACGGGUUGGGAGGUUGUGGCGGGAGGGUGGUGGCGGCGAUACUAGUGGUGAUAAUACUAACGGCAACGGUACUGGCAGUAGCGGUAGUGGGUACGGUUGCUGCUUGGGACUAGCGUCCCCAUUCGCCCAACUUCGCGGCCAGGACUCUGCCGAUAUGAGCGACGUGGAGGAGAACAACUUCGAGGGGAGGGAGUCUCGCUCCCAGUCAAAAUCUCCAGCUGGGAGUCCUGCUCGUGUAAAAUCGGAGAGCAGGUCAGGAUCUCGCAGUCCAUCGAGGGCUUCCAAACAUUCUGAAUCGCACUCUAGAUCAAGAUCAAAAUCAAGAUCCAGGUCCAGAAGGCAUUCGCACAGACGUUACACUCGAUCCAGAUCCCAUUCCCAUUCUCAUUCCCAUAGGAGACGUUCUCGAAGCAGAUCAUACACGCCAGAAUACCGUCGUCGAAGGAGCCGUAGUCAUUCUCCAAUGUCCAACAGGAGAAGGCACACUGGCAGCAGAGCUAAUCCAGAUCCUAAUACUUGUCUUGGAGUGUUCGGUCUCAGUUUGUAUACCACUGAGAGAGAUUUGCGUGAAGUCUUUUCCCGUUACGGACCUUUGACUGGCGUCAACGUGGUUUAUGAUCAACGGACUGGACGAUCCAGAGGAUUUGCUUUUGUUUAUUUCGAGAGAAUUGAUGAUUCUAAAGAGGCAAUGGAGCAUGCAAACGGUAUGGAGCUGGACGGCAGGAGGAUUCGGGUGGAUUACUCGAUCACCAAGAGAGCACAUACACCCACUCCAGGCAUCUAUAUGGGCAGGCCAACCCACAGUGGAGGAGGUGGUGGUGGUGGAGCAGGUCGUCGCCGUGACUCUUACUAUGAUAGGGGAUAUGACAGAGGAUAUGACAGAUAUGAAGAGUAUGACUACAGAUACAGGAGACGAUCACCAUCACCUUAUUAUAGCCGGUACCGAUCACGAUCAAGAUCCCGUUCCUAUAGUCCAAGGCGCUACUGAAGAUCAGAAGAGUUACAGUUGAGGACGUGAUUUUUAAAUAUAAAGUUCAGAUAUUAGCUUCCCUUCUGCUUUCCCUCCCAUUCUCCCUUUCUUGCCCUCCAUCCAGCUCUUUUACAGAUCUUUGAUUCAUUUAGAAUAUACAUAUUUUCAGUUGAAGUAUUCCUAUUUUCCAUCCCUCUUUAUUAUAAUACUCUUAAAUAUUGUAAUGGUUGUAGUUUUUGUGUAGUAAAACAUCUUAAGCAAAAUUAAAUAGAAAACCCAAGGUGUUGAUACAUUUUGGAAGUCAUUCUGAUUUUGGUUUUAAAACAAUUGGACUCUUGACUAAUCAAAAGAGAAGAGCAUUGAUAUUUUUAAAGCUUGCAUGUCAUAUGUAAUAUACACACUCAGAUACUUUAAUAUAAACCUGCAUUUCCAAGUAACUUGUUAAUCUUUCUGUUAAGAUGUUUACCCAUUACUUUGAGAAACAAGUAACAACUUUUGAGCCUUUUCUGUAAUGACAAAUUUAUUUAGAUAGUCAUGAACCAGAGGAUCUUUUUGUCAGGUAGUUGCUUUGAGUGUAGAAUAUUUGAGCUAGAGCAAAAUUUGAUAUUUGGUUGACCGGGAAAAUAGAUUCUUGUAUGCUGAAAAUUAAGGCUGUGUUUUAUAGAUUAAGCUUCCAGACUGCUACACAGUGGAUAACAUUUGAAGUUAAAACCUUUUUUCUUUUUUUUAUUAGUUAUACUCAGUUGAACAUUUCCCCUUAAUCAGUGCAGGAGAAAAAACUAUUUAUUGAACGUAGCAAUUAGUUGUAUAAUUUGCUGUUCAUUUAAAAAAAAAAACUUUUUGGUAUUGCAAUAAUGGUUAAGCAAGUUUUGUUUCCAGUCCUUUUUGGAGUUUGACAGUAUGGAUGGAAAAACCUACAACUACAUAUAAACCUUUUUUUCCUCAAUAAAAGUUAAUUCCACUGA